AUGUCUUCCUACGGCACGCUCAUUGCCCUUACAGUACCUGAACACUGGUGCCACGUUCCAGGAAGAGAAGGUACCAAUUCAACAAUAGUAAUGUGGAAGAAAGUGACAAUACCAAGAUUUGGCCGGAGGAUACAGUUUCUUGUGAGCAUAGGCUUGAUGGCAGUAUCCCGAUCACUGCUAACUGUUUCGGCGUCAGUCUUCCCCCUGUACGUCGCUCUCUCAGCGGUGGCAGAGAGUCCAGGCUUGCCUAGCUCAGAAUCAGCUAUAGCCAUCGGAAUCGAACUUACUGGCAUCAAACAUCGCUCGCUCGUCAACUUUUUGGCACUUGCCUUUUACUGUUUGGGAAUAAUUUCUAUAGCGCUAGCAGCAUGGUUGUUACGAAACUGGAUUCAGUUUCUGUUGAUUUCAUCUGUCCCCUGCUUCAUUCCAUUGUUGCUACACAGGUAUUUACCAGAAUCUCCCAGAUGGCUGCUCGGUAAAGGGCGAUCAGAGGAAGCUCUCAAGGUCCUGGAGAGUGUAGCAGCAACAAAUGGAAAGCCCCUGCCUUGCGACACGUGGAUGAGGCUUGCUUACCUGUCUGAGCAGAGGACUCCACGUAUGGACAUCAGAAGCAUCGUUACAAACAGGAACCUCCUGAAAAAUACGGUUUUGUUGGUUAUUAGCAGGUCAGCGGGUUCUCUUGUCCUUUACACUCUACUUUUCCACAAUAAAAGUUUUGGAGAGAAUCCUUUCGUUGCAUACAUUGGCCAUGGCGUGUUGAUGAUGGUUGCUGGUAUGGUGGCACACUUCGUUGGAAACCAUCUGGGCAGACGACUUACGCAGUGCCUGGUAUUACUGGUUGGCGCCCUUAUUUCUUUCAUUCUCGUGGCGCUGACAACAGGUACUGAACUGCUAUGA